GGAAAGUUCCGAUUUGUCGAUCGACUUCGAUCAUUUCGAUGUUAGAAUUUCACGUUUCCGUGCAAAUAUUAUAUUUUGUAAUAUAUGCAAAACUAUUAUUGUUAUAACAAGCCGUUUGAGGAUUAAAAAUAAUAACAAGUCAAGUAAAACCUCGAAAACCUUACAAACCUUUGGAGUGAGAUUUAACAGAGUAUAAAAAAUCCUUGGAUUUGCAGCGGCGUUUUUUUCCGAAACUAUGCCUAAAAACGGUGUAAGAAUUAGGAACUUUAGAAAUAAUGAGCACUUUGAACAUGAUGACCGUUCACACAACAACACGCGUCGUGUCAGUUUCAAGCCAGGCACUAAUAAAGGGAAGAACAAAUGGAACAAUGCGAAACUGCUUUUGGAUGAUGAUAUUGACAUGACUGGGUCUGCGGGAGGUGUGCCAGUACACCGCAAAGGUUUUAGAGGUCGUGGAGGUCGACUUAACUCUCCCGCACCAAGGUCUGGUCAUGGCAUGCCUAGGAAGAAGUUCAUCGCUGGAGUACUUCCGUGGUAUCAGAUUACCAUUCCUCACGGAGCUAAACAUGAAAAGGAUGUUGUAUUACAUGCACUACUGAGUUACUUGUCACCAGACAUCUUUAUCCCGCACUACUACAAGAUUAAUGGCAACGCUGCCAUUUUCUAUGUUGAUGAUGUAAAACUUGCAGAGAAGUUGUUUCAUGCUGAUAGAAAGAUUGUGAUGUCAGAUGGAUUCAAGUUGAUGGUGAUUGUGAGGAAUGCUGUACCCAAUGUCAAUGUUGAUGCUGCUAUGAAAGAAAAGAUGAAGCUGGCCAUGGCUAAGAGAUAUAAUGCUGUGACUAAAGCAUUAGACUUGACAAAAUUUCAUGCUGAUCCAGAUCUGACUGAUUUGUUCUGCGCUCUGUUUCGUCCUGUCAUUAUGCUUGUGGCUAUUGACAUCAUUGCUGAAAACAUUCCUGAUAUUGAGGCGUUGAACCUCAAUGAUAACAAACUUCAUGGUAUUGAACAUCUGAGGUCUCUAGCUACAAAACUGAAGAAUUUGAAGAUUUUAUACAUUGGCGAUAAUAGGAUUCCACACAUUGGUACAUUGGACUCACUGAAGGCACUUCCUCUGGUGGAGCUCUACCUCAAAGGCAAUCCGUUGGUGAACAGGUUUCAGGAUCACGAUAUUUACGUCAGCUCGAUCCGGAAGAAGUUUCCUAAGCUGACCAAACUGGACGGAGCGGAGCUGCCACCAGCCAUCGGCUUCGACGUUCUGGAGAACGUAUCCCUACCAGCUCGGCAACAGUCCUUCCUCGUAGACCCGGCUGGUCAAGGCCUGGUCCGCGAGUUCCUAACUCAGUACUUCGCCAUCUACGACGCUGACUCAAGACAACCAUUACUAGAAGCUUAUCAUGAACACGCUACCAUGUCUAUGGCAGCUAAUUAUCUUACGUGUGAUAAUAGGAAUUAUUCUAAUCAGAGACUAAACUCGUACCUAUCAAACAGUCGCAAUAUAAUGCGCAUCACAGACCCCGAUUCGCGUCGGCGGUAUUUGCGCACGGGCAGGCUCCAGGUCGUGUCGUUCCUCUCUGAUCUACCGAAGACCAAACAUGACUUGAUGGGAUUUGCUGUUGAUUUACUCGUGUAUACUCCAACAAUGAUCCUCCUGACGAUGGACGGCGUUUUCAAAGAAACGGUGACUGCAGGUAACCCGCUGCGCUCGUUCCACCGCACCUUCGUCAUCGUGCCCAACGCCGGCGGCGGCUUCUGUAUCAUCAACGAUAUGUUGUUCAUUACUAAUACGGCUAAGAAACAGGAGGAGCUAGCAUUUUCAUCAGGCGCCGAGCCUACCCCCGCGGUGGCGGCCGCGCCCGGCCCCGCGCCCGAGGCGGUGGCGGCCGCGGCGGCGCCCGCGCAGGACGACAACGCGCAGAAGAUGAUGCUCAACAUGCUGAGCCAGCAAACUGGCAUGAACGAGCACUGGAGCGUCAACUGUCUACAAGAAACUGGUUGGGACUUCCAACGGGCCCUGUUUGUCUUCAACCAACUUAACUCAGAAGGCAAGAUUCCCCCAGACGCGUUCGUCAAGUGAACUUAACAUGACGGGCUAUGCCACUGUAUAUAAGAAGAUUUCACUAUUUUUUUAUUACGAUUUUAACUACUUGUCGGCUGGGAAGUUAUCUCUACAUAAUUUAUAUUCGAAUGCCGUUCCCGCAUUUGUGAACACCUUCGCGGCAUAAGAAACUAGUUACUAUGAGUAUGAGCAUCGAAAAUGUGCAAGAAUUAUCAAGCUCAAAUUGUUUUUAAUAUCAAUAUCAUUCAUUUGAAAGAGGAAGUCAUCAAUCGCAUAGCAUAUUUUUGUGACUCAAGAAAACUGCCAUGAAGAAAGAGAAAAAUGCAGAAAUAACUAUGUUUAUGUUUUUUGACAAAUGCACAUUGCAUUUAAAUUUUUGCCUUGAUGUUGCACAGCAAUUUAUGACUUAUAGAAUGGAUUAAAAAAAGAGAAUCUGUUUUAAAUCUAUACAAAUCUAUAUUAUAUUUAUAACAAACUGCGGACGCAUUUCUGUCAAAUAUCCAUAUCUUAAUAGGUACGUGUGUGACGCAGAAAGUUUUACAAACAAUGUAUGAAGACUUGGAACAUAUAUUUACAAUUCUUUGCUGUUGGAACCUAAAGCACGUCGCGCGGUGGUUCUUUGUAUUAUGACGUUAUACCGCUUCGCCAUACGUGCUUGGGCCCGACUUCCAAAUAUCCUACUCGGAUCUACGAAGUCUACUGAUCCAUUUGUGGAAGCGAGACACACUACACUGGGUAGCUUCAUCUCUCUCCCACGACUGAGUAAGUCCUUAUGAGCUAUUAACAAGUCUUACAAUAUAUUUACGACAAGUCAACAUAGACGGUUCCAUGUCACCCAAUAUCAAUUCAUCAAAUUCGGGAUAUUCUAUUUGUUUGUUUAAUUUUCUAUAUGUAAAACACGUGUAACUAUUGAAAUAUAAUACAGAUUUGUAUCACUAUAAUUCUAGAAAAAAAGGUCAUUGUUAUUCAAAGAACAUGUAAACAUUAGAUUUGAAAGGUAUCCCUUGUAUCGGAAAGGCUUUCUUGUCGUAUCUAAGGUUAACUUGUGUGAUAAGUUGAUAAGACAGACUAGCAAACAAUCACAGCACUUGACCUAAGAUUUGACCGAUAAUAACCAAGUUCUUCGGCUGAUUAGUCUUUUGGAUCCAAGGGAUUAUUUAUAGAUAAUAUUCUAAAGUUGAUGUUUAGAAGAAAAAGAAUUAUGUAGAAUGAUACUUAUUAGUUAUUCAAGUUAUAUUGUAUAUUCAAGUUUCAUGACCUGUCAAAAACAUAAACUAGGCUAAAAUUGUUUUAUGUGUAUCAGAAUGUUGGGAUUAGUAGAAUUUAAAUUUGAUUGUAUGUUUGAAAAAGAUGUAAAUAGUUUUCUGAUGAAUGCACUUUUGUCUGAAUACUUUUCUGUAAUUUUGCCAAGAAGGGCUUUUAAAAACUAGUUUAGAUUUUAGUUUAAUUUUGCCAUUGUAUAAAAUUUAUUAAAAAAAAAACAAAAAAAAAAUCAGCAAGGGAAAAAUAGCCAAAUAAAAGCAAUAACUAUUGAUGUAAUGUAAGUGUAAAGCUAACACGUUUUGUGUUGUAUUUGCAAUAUUGAUGUUUUAUCAAAUAUUUAUGUAUCGUUUUAUAUUGGUGUCAACCAUACACAUAUGCAAACAUAUUUAUAGUAUUUAGUCAUAAAUAUUCGACCUGUAUUUCAUACUUCAACUUGAGUAGUGAGAAGAAAAUUUCAUACAAUGAGUACUAUUAAUAAUUUCACGUGAUUCUGUUAUUUGUACAUAGUAGUUGUUAUAAGUCUUCGUUUGGGGGUCUAUUGGGCCACGGUGUUGGAAAAGUUUGUGCUCAGUUCCUAAAGAAACGGCGGUUUUUCAGUGCUUGAUGUAUUUCUCAAUGUUGGUGUUUGAGGCGACCACAUUGUUAUAUUCAUUCUUGCGUUUGUAUGAGCAGCGCAUUACUGCGGCGGAACCCCGAGUUGUGGUCUUAGUGGGCUAGCCGCAGGGUACAUGGAUAAUUUUCGACAAGAUUACAGACAGCACUUUUCUACUCGCUGGUACGUUGGACGGCCGAACUCGACCCGUGGCCUGAGGGGCGGGGCGUAGGGCCUACGAUAAGGACAUUAAGUUACAUUAAGACUGUUACAAUAGUAAAAUAAUAUACAUAACUUUUUGAUCAUA